ACGACUUGGAGCCAUCGCACACCCAUCCAUCCAUCCACCCAUCCAUCCAUCCAUCCAUCGGAUAUACAUACACGCCCAGACCAGCUCGACCCUAAACCCGCGCAGCACAGUACACGAAACCGCAAACCCGACAAAGCCCGAAAGAUGUCUUCGUCGACGCACAUCCCCCUGCUCUUCACCCUCCCGCCCAGCAACAGGCACGAAUUCCUGCUCCUCGACACAAGCGCCAAGCCCUCGCUCAAAGCCCUCAACAAGCAAAUCACAGCCACCCUGGCGCAAAGUCCUAAUUGCGCUGAAUUCAUGGCCAAGCACAAGGCCAAAGACGGGCCGGCCGAGCACAUCAAAGAGUUCCGCCUGCACUGGGACACCAAGGGCCGCGAUGCCAAAAUCUGGCCCGAAUACACCAUUGUGACGGAUGACAAUUUCGCCGCUUUGCUCGAGGUGCUGAGGGCGAAUCCGACCAUGGGUGUUUUGGAAAUCAAGGUCGGCAAGGAUGAAUGAAUAAUCUGAUUUCUUCAAAGAAAAGAAGAAAAAAGAAAAAAGAAAACAAAGAAAAAAAAACAGGAAAUAAGUAAAUUAGGAGAGAAAAGAGAGAGGGGAGAAGGUAGAUUUUGACUUGAAUAAUGAAGCCAUUGGUAAUGACGAAUUUUGCACGACUUGGUUGUUUCUUUCGAGGCUGUCUCUUCAUAUAUAUAUUGACUCAAAAAGUUCUGGGCAUUAAUCUGCGGAACUAACUUUAGUCUACG